AUGGAUGAAGAUUAAGAUGUAUUUAAAAUAUUUAAUAUCAAUAGAAUUUUGUAGAAGAUGAUGGAAGUGAAGAUGACAAAUUUGAAGAAACAUGGAAGAAAUAAUAUGAAGUAAUUAUUCAUAUAAUACAUAAUAGUAAAUGUUACCAAAAAAGUAAGAUAAAAGACCUGAAUCCAAACAUGGAAGACCUGAAAGUUCUAAAUUUACAUAGAAAAAGUAAAGUGGAAAUGAUAAUACAAUUCCUAUUUCUUUUGCAUUACAAAAAUUCAACUAGUUAGUUACAUUUAACAAUAUUAAAAUUGAAUAAUUUUGGAAGUCAGAUUCUGUCAAUGCCUCUCCAGAAGAGUUUGUUUCAUUUCUUGGUUAGGCAGGUUUUCAUAUUUCCUAAUAUUAUUAGGUUUCACUUUUACAUAAGAAGAGAUUAAUCAAGUAUUGAGUGAUUUGGAAAAUGAAUUUGGUAAAAUUACUAUUGAGAAUAUCUGUAAAAAAGUAUAAGCUUGGAAUUACAAUGAAAGUAAAAAAAUUUCAUUUAAUUAAGAUACUAUGCUUGAAUUUAUUAAAGAAAAAGCAUUGCAUAUGGCAUAAGCUAGUAAAAGAAAGUUCUCAGCUUAAAAGAAAAGUAAACCUUAAUCUGCUUCUGCAACAAGAACUGCUCCUAAAGAUUUCAGACCAAUAAGUGGUAUCUCUUAUAAAAGUAAACAAUCAGGAUUUACUGAAUUUAAAAUGUAAUCUAUAUAUUUAAUAUAUAAGUGGUGAAGAAAGACCAGUUUAAAAUCUAUCUAAAUAUUAUCUAUAAAAAGCUAAAGAGAGAGAAAAAGAAAUGGAUAGAUUACUAUAAUUAACUAUAUCUAAAGGGAAAAAUGAAUAUGAAUAUGAAAUGCUUAUAAAAAUGGGAGAAGCAAAUGAAUUAUCAUAAUUAUUGGAGAGUAAAAUUACUUAUCGAGCAUAUAAAUCAGCAUAAGGCAAUUUGAAAGUUCAUAUGUAUGAACUGGAUAGAUUUAAUAAAGAUAUGACUUUAGAAGAAUUUCAAAGAGAAUAUAAUAUGAUAAAAAAUAAAUAUAAUGAAAGAAGAAAUCUAAAAAUAUGGGAAGUUCUUUCAGAAAAUAAAAAAAGUUAAAAAAGUUUAUAACAUUUUGGAACUCAAAAAGAUGAAAUUCAAUAAGAUUCUUAAAAUUAACAUUAAUCAAAAGUAAUUAAUAAAAAAGAGAGAUAAUCAGAAUUAAAAAAGGUUCUUUUAGAAACAAUGAUGUUAACUAAUGUAUUAAAGGAAUAGUUAUCUGUUCUUUAAAAGAAAGGUAUAGUGAUUUAAUAACCCUCUAUGUGA